GAUGGGCAAAGCACCGGGUUUAAACCCGGUGCUUUGGUAAAAACCCAAUAAACACCCAUAAACUCCCAUAAUCACCCAAAAAAAUAGGUUUUUACGUAUUUUUUUGAAAAUAUGUAAGUAAUACCAAUAAAUUAUUUUUAUAAAUUGUAUUGAUCAAUUCUACAAUAUUAAAUAAAACGUUAACUAAUAAUAUUUCAGGAAAUUUUAAAAAUCUAUAUAUAAUAAAAUGAAAGUAAUUAAUUUUCAGUGUUUUCAUGUUGCAGUUGAUCAACAUGUUGGCCUUUUGCUUCCCGUAGAUACUUUAAAAUUUCUUCAUAACACCUCGUUCGCACACAUGGCCGUAUAUAUUUAAAUUCUUGAGCCACUAACAGUCCGAAAUACUCAUUUCUUUUAUCCUCUUCUCCAUAAAUUAAGCAUUUAGAACAGUUUGUUUCUUCUUUCAGUAAAUUUUCUUUUACUUUAUCCUCGUUUUUUUCUUUGUUGCGACGACGCUGGGUAAAUCAUCUGGACACUGGGUCUCACUAUCGCCAAAUAUAUUUGGAGAUCGGCUUCGGCUACGGCUUGGCAGACAUUUUUUUCUUUCUACAAUUUUAAAUUAAAUUUAUUAGAAUAAAUGCUUCGAACACACGCGAUCUAAGUACCUUUUGUGUUUAUUAUACCUUACCUACCUAGGUAUAAAAAGAGUACUUACGUAGAUUUUCUUUUAUUAACUGUUUUAUACGAAGAUCUUGAUCUCUCAAAUUAGCAUCCAUUUUACUUCCAGUGAUUAUCAACUAAAUUAAUAAUCCACAAAGUAUUAAAUAACGUUUUUAUGAAAUAUUUAGCACAAAAACAAUACCCUUUAAAUAUCGAUCGUCAGUAACUGUGGCUGACUUACCUAUAUUCUAGCAAGCAGGACUGCCAGAUGUGAAGGGGAAAUCCCCAAUAAAUUGUUGCAUGUGACUGAUGAUGUGAGCAUGUUCGUUUCAUAAUAAAAAUGUUGCCAGGUAACCAAAAAGUCGUAUGUUUUUGUGCGAAUUACGAUCAUAAUCUUUACGAUCGUACAUUAAAAAAUAGACAAAUAAUAGUAUGAGUACGAUUUAAAUCGUAUAUCUGUCAACCCUGCUAGCAAGACAGCGACAAAAUCACGUUGCAUAACAAUGUAGCCCAAGCUUAUAUCUUAUGAAAUAUACGGAAGAGAUACGGACUUAGAAAAAACAGAAAUGUUGUUCUUUGUGGAAGUCAUUGAUGAAAUUCUAUGUAUUUUAGCCCGCAAACUUUCUUCAAACAAAAACAGCGCCAUCUAGUAUCGAGUUCUGUAAUUAUCUCUUUGUUUAUGGAUUUGAAGUAAGACCGCCACGCAUGCAAUACAUUAUGACUGGGGAUUCCCCUAUUCGUCGACGCUGAAUAUGAGGCGACGACAAUCACUGUCAAACGUGUUCACUAUUACUCUGACUCUGGUAACGUGACUUCCUGGUAACGUGUUAGGUAGGAAAAGCAGUAAAAAAGUGCAUAUUAAGGGAGCAGAUUUGAAAUAAUAUUUAUACUUAACAAGAAAUAAUUAAAGGUUCAAUGGGGAGACCUAAAGAUUUACGCAUAUGGGAGCACUACCGUACUUUACCAAACAAGUCUGUUUCUUGCAAGCUUUGUAAUAAGGUCUACAAAUUCAGUAAUGCUGCCAAAAUGCUUCAACAUCUUAUCACUUGUCCAAAAUCUCCAGAAACAUUAAAAGACUCUAUGAAACUUAUAAAAGAUAGCUCGUCCAAAACCAAAAUGUCUGGACUGUCAGAGAUAGAGACAAAUGAUUCUUUUAUAAGCCCCUCGUCGUCUGCUAACACUACAAUAAAUGCUGAGUUUCAAGACACCGAUGAUCAUAUAAAAACAGAAUUAGCGAGAGCUAUAUUUGUAACAGGGACGCCAUUAUCGAUGGUGCAACAUCCUUUAUGGAUACAAUUUUUCGAAAAAUUGCAACCAAAAUUUAAAAUACCUUCACGUAAAGCUUUAGCGACAAAAUACUUAGAUAAAAUAUAUAGAGAAAUGCGUUUUGAGUUAAAUGAGGAACUAAAUGCUUGUAGUUACUUACACCUUCAGUGCGAUGGCUGGUCUAAUUUAAGAAAUGAAGGAAUAAUAAACUUUCUUAUAUCAAAACCUCAACCUGCAUACGUUAAAAGUUUGAAUACAGAAAGUAAUCCUCACACUAGUGAAUACCUUAGCCAAGAAGUUGAAAAAGUAAUGAAAGUGUAUGGAGCAAAUAAGUUUCUUGUACUUAUUGGCGAUAACGCUAGAAAUAUACAAAAGGCAUUCGAAUUAACAAAACUCAAAUAUCCACAUGUUGUUCCUCUCGGUUGCUGUGCACAUAUCCUUAACUUGUUGUGCCAAGAUAUUGUAAAGAUACAAGAAGUAACUGUGUUUAUUAUGCAAGCCAUAAAUAUAAUAAAAACUGUUAAAAGGAGUCAACGAUUAAGUUCCUUGUUGAUAAAAUCAAGGCAGGGUGAAGAUUCUACACAAACACUAAAAUUGCCUUGUGCUACAAGAUGGGGAAGUCAUGUUACUUCGUUAAAAAGUUUGAAAGCAAAUAAGAUAGCUUUGCAAAUAUUAACAGUUAGAGAAGAUGUGGUAAUUUCAAGAGAUAUUAAAGAUUUAAUUCUAAGUGAUGAUUUCUGGACGAAGACAGGGGAAUGUAUAAGUAUUUUGGAACCAGUCACUGAAAGCAUAUUUUACUUAGAGAGCGACCAGAAUCGUUUGCAUCGCACAUACAUUACAUUUAGAGAUGUACAAGCUAAGAUACGUUUUGCAUUAAAUGAGAUUUCGACAUUGAGCGAAGAAAGCAAACAGCAGAUUCUAACAUCAGUAUCUUCAAGAUGCAAUAUGGCAAUGAGGCCAAUACAUUUUGCAGCAUAUAUUCUAGACCCCAGGACUCUAGGAGUCGAACUUACUCAAGAGGAAGAACUUAAGGGUAUGGAGUUUAUCUACAAUUUAAGCCAACACUUAAGUUUGUCAAAUGUAAUGGCAGAUUUGGCGUGUUAUAAAGCUAAAGAAAACUUUUGGGCCAGAGGAUUUGUAUGGAGCUCAUUAGAUAGCAUUGAGCCCCUAAUAUGGUGGAAAGGUAUUUGUGGUUCCACUGAGUUAAGCAAAGUAGCGAUUCGUAUUCUAUCAGCUCCCUGUACUUCGGCAGCCACUGAGCGUUCCUUUAGUAUCCAAGGCUACAUACAUAAUAACAAAAGAAAUCGACUUACAACUGAAAGAACUGAAAAAAUUUCAUUCAUUUGUUAUAACUGGAAUCUUAAACAUAAAGCUGAAUGCGAGGACAUUCAGUUUAAUGAAGAAAAUACCUUAGAAGCUUUCAUUGAGCAAGUAAAUGAACAUAACAGUUUAGACGAAAUAGAGCCUAUCGAACCUAUACAAUUCAUCGCUUGUAAUAACUCUGAAUCUGACAGUGAUUGACUGUAGUUUUACAUUUUACUUUCAUCUCUUUCUUAAUAAACUCAAAAUCAAAUUAAAAGUUUUUUAUUCUGUAGGCUGCAUAAUAAUAUUGUCUAUGUCCAGUAUAGUGGACGUCUUGCGGCUGAGAUGACGAUGAUGAAGUACAAAAUCAUAAACACCCAAAAAUUUGGGUGUUUAUGGGGUUUAAACCCAAUAAACCCAAAACACCCGGUUUUUACCCACCAGACUUUAAACCCACCCAGGUGGAUUGCCCAUCUCU